AUGAUAUUUGAAAUAAUAAAGUAUGGAUACAGAACAAGGCAUGGCCUGGCUCAACUACUAUGGCUGCUGCCAGCAGGAACUUUCCUUGGUAUGAUAAGAACAAGGCAAUCGCCAAAAUUUGGAAUUACUCAUAAAGGUUAUCAUUUAAUUAUUUCAGAUACAAUACAAAAAUAUUGGCUCGUUUUCGGAGUGCAAACGUCUACAAAAAAAGAUAAAUGGCGCGGCACAUUCACCAAUGAUGAGGAAAAAGGUGAAAUAGACGUUUCGGAUUCGUCAACUAUGUUCAAUUUACCUAAAAUCGACGCUGGCAUAAAUCAAAAAUACUGCGAUUCCGAAAGAUCCGAAAUGUUAGAUCGUACCAUAGUUUUAAAAGAAUCAAGAAAAUCUUUCCAAACGUUAAAUUUACGAGAUUUCCUGGAUUGGACACGUGAACGUAAUGAUAAACCUACCUCAACUCAUAGAUACAUCAUGCAGGAAAAGAAUCCUUUAGUUCUUAAAACUGAUCAUUUGGAAUUAAAAAAUGAAUGUUUGGAUCAAUUUGAUUUAAAAUUUAAUAACAAGGAUGAUCUUUUAAUCAAUAAAACAACGAUUAAUCUUGGACCAAAAAAUCUUUGGAAACUAAAAUAUAGUAAUAAUUUAAUGAUCAAAAAUCUGACGAAAUUAUUGGACGUUGAUUAUGAAGUUUUAUUAAUCAGACAUCUUAUCCCCGCACCUUUAUUUCCAUCAAAGGGACUAGUUAUACAUUUGCCAUUUGCUGAUCAUAUUAAUGAAGCUGCAAAAAGGGCAGUUAAUAAAUUAAGACCUUUUAUAGCGAUUCACUGGAGAAUGGAAAUUACCAAACCAAAUAUGAUGCCUAUGUGCGUUAAAAGUUUAAUCAAAUAUCUCUACAAACUGCGGAAAGAAUUAGGAAUCAAUAAUAUUUAUUUAGCUACUGAUUAUCCAUUAAUGGAUGUAGGUGGGAAUAAGGCACAAUCUUCAACAUUUCAUGAUAUAAGACCACAACACCACAAUGCAAUUAAAUCUUUAAACGACACUUUUGAGUUAAAUACCUGGAUAACAAUUAAAACCCUUAAUGUUUUUUUUGAUGAGUUUCCCGGUUAUAAAAAAGAACUUGAUGAUGAAUUUAAAGUUUCCGGUAUCCAGGGAAUUUUUGACAAAUUGGUCAUGAUGGACUCCAAUUAUUUUAUUUCAGGACCCGAAGGAUGUGCUCACGCUAGAUCAAAGUUCUCCAGAAAAAUUAAAGAAGCGAGAACAAAAUCAAUUUAUGAGGGGGAUAACAAUAUUUUAAAUGAUAUCACUCGUUGGCCUUUAAAUUAA